AUGGACACAACAAGAUGGAUGCUCGUGUCGGCCGCCGUGUUUAUUCAGAUGUCCACCGCCCAGUUUAUGCUAGAAGUGUUGGCCCCUCCGAAGCUCGGCGUACGCAGAACAGUGCUACGUUGUGACGCUACGGGUGCCGUCUUCGGCGCGGAUACGGCAGCAUUCACUUUUGGGCCCACGGCGACGGGAUGUCUUCAAACGGUCACGCCUGCAGACGCGUGCAUGCCGGUCGAGAUGGUCAGGUCGAACAUCAGCGAUUGCAUCGUCAACUUUGCGCUGGUGCCCCGCGGCGGAUGCGGCUUCUCCGAGAAGGCGUAUUUUGCGCAGACUGGUUCCCACGGCGGCUUCCGCGCCUUAAUCGUUGGGAACAACGAGGGCGAGCCGCUGAUCACGAUGGCCGGCGGGAAGUAUAAGGACGAUGUCAACAUUCCGUUGAUAAUGAUCGACUAUGAGUGCCGGGAGCAGCUGCUAAAGAAGUUUCCGGUUCAGGACGGCUAUUGGGUUCAGGUCAAACUAACAGCCGGCUACUACGACCUCUUCCGGUAUCUAAUCCCGUUCCUCGUCGUCAUCGGCUUCUGCUUCACCGUCCUCGUUUUCAGCCUGUGCUUAUAUUUUAAGCUCUACCGAGUGUGCCGGGAGCGCAGACGGCAAUCGAGGAAACGACUGUCUGCGAAGAAUUUGAAGAAGAUUCCGACGCGACGGUAUAAGACUGGCGAGGAGCCGGAGACGUGCGCGAUCUGCCUUGACGAUUUUGUGCAGGGCGAAAAGUUGCGGAUACUGCCGUGUCGGCAUGUUUACCACUGCAAAUGCAUAGACCCGUGGCUGACGAAGAAUCGAAAAGUGUGCCCGAUGUGCAAGCGGAGAGUGGGCGAAAAGGGCUCCGACAGCGAAGAUUCCGAUGCCGGCUCGAGGCCCAACCCGCUCAUCGAUCAGAACCGAUAUCGGGAGCUGCGGGAAGAGCCCUCGGUCGAGAAUUUGCACGACCCGGAGCAAGCAAGUUCCUCGACCUCUCAUCACCAUCUUGAGAGCUACGAUGCGACGCCCGUGCCGAUUGGCGACACCGAGCAGUUGGUGCCUAGUGAUGAUGACAGCGACAUCGAAGUUGUACAACCGAGACCAAGCCAUCACGAGUCCGGCUCGUCGAUGCACGUCUCCUCGUCGGCCACGUCGUUGAAGGAAAAAUUCAAGAAAUUCGUCAUGCGGGUCAGCGGGGCCUCUCCGCCCUCGGAUCUGCCGACCGGGCUCGACAACGUGGUCUUUGACGAGAACGCCGUCAACAAUUUGCCCCCACCAUCGGCCGUGAUGGCGCUUGUUAAUCACACCGACGAGACCGAGCUACACCCAGCCGCUACGCACCACUCCGACGAACACCAAUUCGCCGAUCCGUUCGAGCCGCCGCGGAACCCCGGGCAUCCC